AUGGUGGGAGUUUUCACACGCAUUGCCCGAGGCGUGUCAGGGGACCACCACAACCAUUUCCCGCAAGGAACUGAAACAAAGGCACACACUGUACUGGCAGUGACUUUAAAAGAUGCGAUUGGAGCCGCGAGGCUGGAUCUGGGCGUGAUGGAAGAAUUCGCCCCAGUGGAACAUCCACUCGAGCCUCCGGACCAUGACAAGCCGGUUCGCUGCCCUCCGCCGGAACCAUGCAUCGUUCACGAUGGCCGGAUAUGGAAAGAGCGCGCUGCGAGACGAAGAGCCGAGUAUCCAAUCGCGCGAGAGACUAGCCUUCCCACGUCCUACCAGCGGCGGCAGAAGCUCGAGCACAGCAAUUUCUUGCUGCCAUCCUUCAGUGCUCCCGAGAAACAUCUCCUCAAAAUGAUAGAGCACGCCGCCGCCGCCAAGCCCAGCGCCGCCAAGUCCCCCGCCACCACCACCGCCACCGCCGCCGCCGCCGCCGCCGCCCCAGACAACGAUCUCCAACGAAAAAUCGAAGAGCCCGUGGGAUGA